CGUUGAAGAAAUGCGUACUUUGUGUGCUCUAAGUUUGAUCGCUUUUAUGGGCAUAACCCUAAUAUCUACAAAGCCAUUAGAUGAAUCUAUCAAACCGAAAGUUUUAAGGCCACUAAAUCAAGCGGAUUUGGAUAAAAUGAUAAAAAACUUGCAGUUGCUUGAAAAAUUAGCCAAUGAGACAUAUUAUUCACCAGAUCCCACCAAAAAGGAGACAUACUUAACGCAAGAUCAAAAGGCGGAGGAAACUAAAGAGCCAACUGGAGAGGAAACCGAGGAACCUUCUGGAGAGGAAACUCACAGUCCUACGGGAGAGGAAACCAAAAGUCAAACUGGAGAAGAUGGCGAGUUCUUCGAAGAUGAAGAGGAGGAAGAUGAAGCGACUGUGGAUAAACCAACUGAUGUCAUACCAGUUAAUUUUCUAAAAUAUCCCGAGCACGAAGCUGAUUUUAAGUCUUAUCCAAGGUUUGCAAUCCUUCGAAAUGGCUAUGUGCAUCACAUGAACUUGGACUUUUAGCGUUUACGCAAUUUCAUCACAAAUUCGAGCUAAUGACGUGUUCUCAAGAACAUUGUCAGUUAAUGUCGAUAGAUGGGGAAAUUCCGACUACAGUCAGGUGGUUUGCACAGCUGUGACUCUGAAUAAAAGUUAGAUCUGUGGUACCU